GGAAAGAGAGAGAGGACGCCAUCUUGUUGCUGCUUCGGUGGAGCCGCGGGGAGCCUCUCCCUCGUGUAGCGGGCAGCGUUAAGUUGAUUUUACAGAAUUUAUCAGGUCUUCCAAGCAAAAACAGGUAAGCUGCCCAAGGCUUAAUGCUUAUCACUGAAUAUUGUCAAAGAUCACGCAUGGCCUUUUCUCACAUACUUAUGACUGGGAAUUAGGACGUACUCUCCUGAGUGCAUGUGGCUGCUGCAGUUAGCGUCCUGACUACCUGAAAGAGGCAACGUUGUUGAACACUGAAUAAACGUACCCGUUGGUGAGCAGAACUGGUCAGUUGGUAGACCAACUUGUCUGAAAGUCUAAAUUCAUCAUUGUUGAUGAAUUAAUUUACUUCUCACUGAAGUAGUUAUCCCUUUUUGUCUGUAAUCUUCUACCUAGACUUCACAGUGCUAUGAUGGAAAGUGUCCUGUUAACACUAAAACAGAAGAUUUUGGUCCUUAGUAUCAAGUAGAGGUUUCUGGCAGGUAGCAACCAUGCCAUGAAGGACUUGAGGCAUUCCUUACUUAUCUUGGAUGGUGAGAAGAGUGACUUACGUGGAUUUUGUUGCCCUUAAGAUAGGGAAUAUUGACAGUUAUGUGCAUACAUCCAGGUGGAGUAGCUAAUUAUUCUGACUACUUAAUCAACUUUAAGAGUAAAAUAGGGUCACUGAUUGAUUUGAAUUUGAGAGUUUUUGAUUUCAUAAAUCUUGAUUGAUUGAGGCAGGGACCUUCCUUAAAAAGGCUCUAGCUUAUAUAUUAAGAUACUGUAAUAGAUGAGUACUAAAGAUUUGCUAUCAUGUGUACCUUUUUGUCUGCAGGUGAUUUUUGCUGUGGGUUGAGCUCAGAAUGGCUGUAGUCAUCCGUUUACAGGGGCUUCCUGUUGUUGCGGGUCCUGCAGAUAUUCGCCGUUUCUUCUCGGGAUUGAAUAUUCCUGAUGGAGGAGUGCAUAUUAUUGGAGGAGAAACUGGGGAGGCUUUUAUUAUAUUUGCAACAGAUGAAGAUGCACGACGUGCCAUGAGCUGUUCAGGAGAGCUUAUCAAAGACUCCCCUAUAGAGCUCUUUCUCAGCAGCAAGACUGAAAUGCAAAAUACAAUAGAAAUGAGCCGGAAAAGAUUUGAUCGUGGGGGAAGAGAACCAAUGUCUGGGUCUAGACGAACAGGUGGUAGUAAUACUGGUGCAUCAGGUGUUGGGAACCUUUCAAACUUAGUUGCAGCUAUAACAAAAGGAAUAAAUAAAUCUGGUUAUGUUCCAUCAAAUCACCCAGAGUCUGGCUUUCAUACCAAUGGCACAAGACAUGGUGAUCCAGGUAUACCUAAAUCAAACUAUAACCAGUCAAGAAAGGAGUCAGUGAGUUCAGAUGAUGUUUAUUUAUUUCUACAUGGCAUACCGUACUCUGCAACAGAAGAUGAAGUACGCGCUUUCUUUUCUGGAUUACGAGUAGAGGGAGUGAUCUUUAUAAAACGUCGCAAUGGCCUAAAUAAUGGUGAUGGUUUGGUAAAAUUUGCUACACCUCAUGGUGCCUUAGAAGGACUUAAACGUCAUAGACAAUACAUGGGUCCAAGAUUUAUAGAAAUAAGUCUAGCUACUGAAGAACAGUGGAUUGAACAUGGUGGCAGGAUAGACAUGAAGAAUGAGAUUGCUCGUUACUUAAGCAAAGAGCGUUCUCCAACAAGAGGUUCAAACUAUAGUCAUUCAAGAAAACAUUCUCAUUCAAGAUCUCCUCCAAGGAGACAAAGAACGCGCUCUCGUUCACCUCGUGGCCAGGAAUUUUACUUACACUUAAGAAAUCUACAUACCUAUCUUGAGAAGAAAGAUCUGAGAACUUUCUUUGGAAAGCUGGAUGUGUCUAACAACCAAAUCAAGUUUUUACUGGACAAGCAUCAAAGGAGGACAAGAAAUGCAUUUUUGAUGUUGAAGAAUCAGAAAGAUUUUGAUAUUGCUCUGGAAUAUCACAGGAUGUCUCUUUUCAAUCGUCCUGUUUACAUUUUUCCUAUUUCUAGAAAAUCUAUGUUGAAACUAAUUGAGUCAUAUGAGAGGAAGAGCUCACAAGAAAGAGAUCGGCCUGGACAGGCUGUAUCGGAAAAAAGUUAUCGGGAGGGGCAUUGUGGCCCAAAGAUGUGCAUAUAUAUAAGAAACUUUCCAUUUGAUGUGACAAAAGUUGAAGUACAAAAGUUCUUUGCAGGGUUUGCUAUUGAUGAAGAUGAUGUCUACUUGCUUUAUGAUGACAAAGGAGUUGGUCUGGGAGAAGCAUUGGUAAAAUUUAAAUCUGAAGAGCAGGCAAUGAAAGCAGAAAGUUUAAAUCGUCGAAGGUUCUUGGGAACAGAGGUACUAUUAAGACUUAUAUCUGAAGAACAGAUGCAGGAGUUUGGUUUAAAUGUUCUACCAUCAGCACCAAGUGGAAAAAUGCAGGCAUAUGAUAGAGGUGAGCAUUCCCGUCCAGCUGGUUCACCACCUGGACAACCACAAGGACUACCUAUGCACUCAUUUGGUCCUCCUGGGAGCUUUAGGCAUCCUCCUGAUGUUAGACGACCUCCUGAGGAUUUUCGAGGUCCUCCACCUUUUAUGGAUUUUGCUGGUGAUAGUGAACCUUUUGGUAGGAUGGAUUAUGGAAACAAUAACAUGGGAGGCUUUUCUGAGGGAAGAUUUAUGUCCGAUUCAAAUUUCAGUGGUGGUUCUGAUCGUGUAACUCCUAUUAGAUUAAAGAACUUGCCAUUCAGAGCCACCCCUAAUGAAAUUUUGGAUUUUUUCUAUGGCUAUGGUGUCAUUCCAGAAUCUGUUUCUAUACAGUGUAAUGAACACGGAUUACCUUCAGGUGAUGCCAUUGUUGCUAUGACAAAUUAUGAGGAAGCAAUGGCUGCUAUUAAUGAGCUAAAUGAUAGACCAAUUGGCCCACGUAAAGUUAAGCUAAGCUUGCUUUAAAGAGAAAAUGUUUCUCAGAUUAAAAAUUCUAGACAUCACAGUAUUGAUGCAGUAAGAUGGAUUCUUAUUUACAAUUUUUUGUUACUGGAAGAUGCAGAAGAAACAGUUUCCAUAAAGAGAGGAAGUUGUACAUAGUGUUAUGUUUAGUUAUUUUGCAUUGGUUCAAAUUGACAUCUGUAAGGUUCUUUAGAAGACAUCUUAGAAGUGUAUUAUGCUUAUUUUUAUUUUUAUGGCAGAUGGAGGGCUCAGUAAUCUAAUGGAUUGUCCGUUGACUUGUUUUUGAUAUUGAGACAUGCAAACAUGGAGUUGUAAUGCAUUUGAGGUUUUUUGUUUUUUUUUUAGUUUUGCUUUCAUUCAAUGGUUCCAUGACUCUUUGCAUCAUUUGAAAAUGUAAAACUGCAGGUUGACUUGGUUGUACAGACUAGUCAAAGAGAACAAUUUCAGUGCCACCUUCAUUACUAAAUAUCCUUGAGGCUAUAGUCAACCCUAUAUAUAUUUAGAAUAGGUAAACUGUAAACACGAGUGAAUUUCUUAUGUGUAAACUGUUUAGUCUUGUUCAGUUUCACGUGGUCGCAGGCAUCUCAAGUUAUUCUCUUAAAAUUAGUUUCCUGUUCAUGUUAGCUGGCUGUGCAACUUUUAAAAAAAUAAAUAAAUAAAUAAAAGGAUUUACAGC